AUGGAUACUGGCCGUGUGCAGCCCAUCAAGCUGGCUUGGGUCGCCAAGGUUCUGGGCCGGACCGGUUCUCAGGGCCAGUGCACCCAGGUGCAUGUGGAGUUCAUGGAUUAUACGAGCCACUCCAUCAUCUGCAACGUGAAAGGCCCCGAGGGGGAGGUAGACGUGUUCACCCUACUUGAGUCUGAAGGAGUGGCCCAGAGGCUGCAGUGA